AACGGAUUUCACUCCAUUCAGAAUGCAUGGGGAUAAUCCUGAUCAGGAUUCUUCCGGCAUAGAGCCCUGACGACGGAACUUUAUGCCGGAACAGAAGAACGCAAGUGUGAAAGAGCCCUAAGUUACCUUGUAGCAGUAAGAAGGAAAGAUAACCCUUUAUUUCGAAAAUAUUUCCCCUUGUUUAGUAAAAAAAAGGAAAGUUAAAAGGUUCAUCUCACCUGAGACAUUGGUGGCAUAUCGCUAGGGUCCCACCUUUAGGACUCGCACCUUUCUCUAUAACCGGCCCCAGAAAGUGAAGAGCACACCGACCACUGCUCUAUUAACUUCUCCGGACUGCCAGAGAUAACGAUCCGGCACUCGGCUAUUUUUGGGAACAUGCUAUGGAGGGUCGUCUGACAGUAAUACCACCUGAAGUUCCUCUCUUUUGCGUGGGCCGCUAGAGAUAAUCCUUUAGAGAAGGCACACAUCUUGAGAACGUUAUCCGAUGUAAAAGUAAGCUGUAGGUCUGCUACCCACUUUCGAAAAUAAAGAGCUAUGUCUGCAUUGCUCCGAUCUAAAAGAAUCCUGUACAUCUGUGACAAUAGUGGACUUUGAAGUGAGUUCCGGGAUGUAGAAAGAGAUUGUCGAAGUCAGUUAAGUCAUGGCGAUGCCCAUGGCUGAGUAAUCUAUCUAAUCUAUCUAAGAAGGAUCUCAAUUGGGAGUAUGAAAGCCAUAAAGAACCUCUAAAACUGAGGGACUCAAAAGGCACUAUUCUUUUUAUCUCUCAUUGCAUCUCGGACCCAUGGGCAUGAAGAUUUAUCCCAUAUCAGACACGUAUCCACGCUUAGUCCAGGGAUGAAAGCAGGAUUGCCUAAAAGAGGCAUCAUAGGACCUGGUCUUUGUGAGAUCUGAAACUUCAAGACACAGGUAUUCCAUUGAGUAAGAGCGUGACGAACUAGGAAGGGCCACUCCUUUAAUGGUGGUCUAUCAUCCUGGAUCACCCAUGGAGCAACCAGUAGAUCCAUUGGGGAGAGUUCUUGUUCUAUUUGGACCCAAAGUUUCAGAGAUUACUUAUUAGACCAGUUUAAGAUCAAUCACCAAAGCAUGGUACAGCUUAACAUCAGGUAGUCCUGCUCCUCCCUUAAUUCUAGGUUUGGUCAAUGCCAACGAAAAGAGAAAUUGCUUUGUACAAGGUGCACAUCAGUCAAGGGGAGCAAUAUAUUCAGAAUUUCACUUUUGGUGAGAUUAAUCUUGAAAUUGCUGAUGGUGUACGUUCUCUCAUGGAUCCUUCCUUAGUUCAGAGAAAGGAACCGUCCAUUCAUCAAGUAUAAGGCAAAGAUUUAUGUAAAGCAAUAGAGACCACUUUCGAUUAGAGUCAGGAUUGGUACUAUGAGACCAGUAAGAGUAAUAUUUAAAAUAUAUGCCAGGCAUAAGACCUUUCUUAAAGUGUGUUUCCUGGACCCUCUCUCUGUGCCUGUGAUACAAGACCUUAGAGCGUUUUUAAGGAAUAUUGAAUCCCCUAACAUUUAGCAAGGCAAGUCUGACACUAGUUGGAGUGUAAGGAUGGGAUAGGGAAAGAUCGACCAGGGAAGGAAAGGAACAGAAUAGAAAAGAGAAUAAAAGGAGAGUAAAGGAAAAGAGAAUAAAGGAGAUAGAAAAGAGAUUGAGAAAUCACUUGUACAGCACUAAAGGGAAAAAAGGGGAGGGGGUUAGAGUAAAAACUCAAAAUAUAGUGACAGAGAAAUGUCACUAGUACUGUGCAGUAUCUAACCUUCCCAGAAAAGCAAAAAAAAGAAAAUUCUCUGUGGAGUUCACCAUCUUUAACUAGGUAAAGACGAAUCCCUGGGUAGAAGACGGACUUCCAACGACAGAGCAGAGGAGCCACCCCGAAGCUGAGAAACUAGAUAAUAAAAUAGACAAUUAACAAGCAGGAUGUUGCCACCCUACCAUCAGAGCCACCAAACUGGCAAUAAGGCAAACAUAUACAUUACUAUUGCAUCACAGAGAAUUUUAGAUGAAGGAUACACCAAAAGACGAAACAGAAAUCAAACAUGGAGCUGAGCUGUGAAAGGUAAAGAACCCUCUUUUGGUUAGGUGAGUGUCUCUGCCUAAUGGAUAUUAUACUUUCUGUGACAUCUGGAAUAAACUGAAUAUACUUUUCCUGAAGUCCUCUGACAGUUUCAGGUGGGUUGGGUAGUGCUGCUUUGCCGCUGUAGGUUGCUCCUGGGUCUCUGCAUGAGGGAUCAAGAAGGCAGUGGAGGUAAGCUAUACCAAUCUGGUAGCUGAAUCAUGGGGAGGUCUAACGCUGCGAUGAACAAUGGCAGAUCCUCUGGGCCCCGGAGCUCAAUACGUUGACCGUUCUUGCGGACUACUAGCUGGAAUGGAAAGCCCCACAUAUAGAGAAGGUCGUUUGCUCUUAGGAAAUCUAACAUAGGUUUAAGGACUCUCCUCUGGGCCAAAGUGAAACGUGAAAGAUCUUGCAGGAUUGUUAAGGUAGGCCCAUCAAAGUGAAUAGUAGAAAAGUUACGGGCCUUGCGUAUAAUUUGCUCCUUCACAGCGAAAUAAUGGAGAUGGCAAUUGACAACAUCUAGGCUUGGAGGGAUCCAGGUUGAUCGGAGCCAGGGUCCUACGGGCUCUGCCGAUUUCCAUUCCAGUAAGAAACUGGUCUCUCAAUUAUAGUGUUAAAUAGGCCUUAGAGUGUUGGAAUCAAGUCCUCCAUUUUAGUAGAUUCAGGAAGACCUCUUAUUCUUUCAUUAUUUCUCCUGCUACGAUUCUCAAUAUCAUCAUGAAGAUGGUAUAGAUGGCAUAUAUGACGGUCAAUCGUUUCCCCUUGGGCCACCAAUUCAUCCACUUUAGCAGAUGUAUGAUCAUGCAUGGAGGCAACUUCUUCAACCCUCUCCUCUAUAGCUUUCACAUUUCACUACAGAUAGCUCCUGCUUAUAGGAGUUUUCCAAUCUCUCCACAAAUUUCUCAAUUUCUUGAUGCGUGGGGAGCAAUUUCAUGUGCUCUUUCCAAUCCCACUGAGUAUCAGGGGGACCCCUCUCCAACAUAUUGGCACAAUCAAUCAACUCCGGCCGGGUGGAGGAGCGCUGUGGUAAAGGAUUCAGCGGGAUUAGGUACAGAGGUGUGGAGGUAUGUCUCACCGAAUCAGUUCUUGUUUCUGCGGGUGGCGGAGUCGCGAUGGCCUGCUGGGCCAGGCAGAAAGGUGCAGCGUCUGGAUUGCAGCCUGCAGGGGUCACGUCCCGAAUCGCUCCCGCAGCAAAUAAGCGCUGUAUGCCACCUUGUUCCGCCGGAGUCCCAGCUGAGCGAGUGCCAGCAAGGGACCCUUUUUGUCCUCACCAUAGGUGCCCUCAGAGGACUCUGGAGAGGGCCGGCAUGGUUAGUCUCAGUCUCGUGGCGGGAGUUCCUGUGUGAUGCGUGCUUACACCGCCAGGAGCCCUUACGCUGAGGUGUACUUUCUCAGGAGCAGUUGGGCCACAUAGCAGCUGCUCUAACCAAUACCCUGGCAGUUAGGCUGCCUGAUAUUAAGGGUCCAAGUGCUCAGUCCUUUCUGGGGGACGGUUGUAUGUCAUCAUCUUAGAGACACUAAUAGCCUAUGGCAUUUUUCUGGUGUAGUAUAAACUACGAAUAGAGAUAUGGAAAUUAUAGCUAGGUAAAAGUGAAAAGUAAUAAACAGUGAUAAAUGAGUCAUUGCCGCCCGUUCAGGAGGAGUUACUCAUUGACUUGGGUUUACUGCAAAACAUUAUACGGUAAUAAUAUAUAUAUAAAGUGUCAUGAUUUCUUUAUAAUUCAUCACAUUUCUUUAUAACUGAAUCUCCUCCUUCUUCUUCAUUCCUCUAUAAAGUAACAAAACAUAUUGCUUCCAAGACCAGUAUCGACCUUAGGGAGACUCAAGACCAAAAAUGGCUAAUUUGUUCACUUUCAUAGCAGAGUUUUUAUCCAUAAGUAUGGCACUGAGUAUAUUGCUGAUAGUAAUUUUCUCAGUGCACUUUAUUAUUAGACGUAAGAAGUCACCAUAUAAUUUACCUCCAGGUCCAACACCACUACCUCUUAUAGGAAACCUGCACUUAUUGGACCUCAGACGACAGGACCUCUCUCUGAUCAAGGUCAGCGGUUUAAACUUAGAGAAUUUUCAUGUGGCCCAACAAAUAUUACCUUUGCCAUGUUAUUUGGCAACAGGUAUGACUACAGUGAUCCGAUCUACGUGCACUUGCUGGAUCUGAUUGAUGAUAUUGUUAUUUUGCUUGGCUCACCCUACUUACAGCUGUUUAACCUGUACCCAAUACUUGCGGUAUUUAUGAAGACCCACAAAAUCCUACUGGAAAAGAUUGACAAGAUUUGCGCAGUGUUAAAAACGGACAUUCAGGCCAAAAGAAGGAAAAUGGAUUUCAACUUCCUGUACACAUUUAUUGAAGCUAUAGUUGCCAAACAAGAAGAGGAAAGGACAAAUAAAGACACUCUGUUUCAUGACGCUAACGUGCUAGCUACAGUACUAGAUUUGGUUAUGGCCGGGACAGAGACCACCUCUACUACACUGCAGUGGGGGAUUCUGCUGAUGAUGAAAUAUCCUGAAGUGCAGAAAAAAGUUAAAAAAGAAAUUAUUUUGGUUCUCGAAUCCGGACGUCUACCAAGAUUUGAAGACAGAAAUGCAAUGCCGUAUACCAACGCUGUGGUACAUGAAGUUCAGAGAUUUGCCAACCUCAUUCCAAAUAUUCCACAUGCCACAUCUAGAGACACGUAUUUCAAAGGUUACCAUAUCCCAAAGGGAACAACUGUGAUCCCGCUGCUUACAUCCGUGCUGUACGACAAACGUCACUGGGAGACGCCAUUCCAGUUUAAUCCUGACCACUUCUUGGAUGCUGAGGGGAAAUUUGUAAAGAAAGCAGCUUUUGUGCCCUUCUCCAUGGGGCGAAGACUUUGCUUGGGAGAGAGUCUUGCGAAGAUGGAGCUGCUUCAAAAGUUCACGUUUAGCCCUCCACCUGGUAUGGAGUUAGACCUCGAUGCCGACCCGUGUUUUACUCUAAGGCCGCAGCCUCACCUGGAGUGUUGUGCUGAGGUGAAAUAAUUAGUCUACAGGAGGACUGCACUUUGGGGGUCAUUUAUCAAACUGGUGUAAAGUAGAA